GGUUUGGGUGUAUCAUACUUUAUAGAGAAACUGCUGCCAGCAAGACACAACACAACAGAUUGAACAUUAUUUUUCGGAUUUACAGACUUUUUCCACCAAGUCUGCUGAUAUUCGAAACUUUUACCUGGCAUCUCUGAUCGAGGGACAAGUACAAACAAAAAAAAAUGAUCAGUCGGUGAAAAUUGAAACAGUUAUCCUGGCUUCCUGGUUUCGGUUGUAAAAAUUGUUAUUGCUGUAUACCUAAUAAUAAUUCUAUCGAUAGAAGUGGUUUCGUAAACAUAAUAAGAUUUUUUAUUCUGAAGCAUGAUGGAUACGGUUUCGUCUAGUACUGACAGAAGCUUACAGCAAAAUCCUGCAGUAAGGCGACGCCAAAUGCGACAAAAGGUGCUGAACAGAAUUAGAAAAGUGAAUAUUAAAAACAAAGGUGCAAAAAGUUUCUACUAUUUUAUUUACGAAUCUGGGGAAGUUGAACGGGAACGAGACUCUCCAAUUUCUACUUAUUUCUUUAACGGUGAACCCUGCGAAGGUGAUGAACAAUUUCUCAAGCAAAUGAAGCAUAGUAUUUUUGUUAGCAAUUUAGCUGCAGGAACGAAAAAAACUGAGAUUAAGGAACUUUUCGAACGCUGCGGUAGAAUUAGUAGCAUUCAACUUAAAACCAGAAAUGGUCAAACUAUUGUUGGUUUGCAGCAUAUUUCUCCCUAUAGUCCUAUUGUGGCUAUAAUUAAGUUCAGCAAAAAAGAGGAAGCAGUUGAAGUUUGCAACGUGAAGGGAGGAAAGUUUCAUCUUAAAUUGAUUGACCCAAGUUUACAAUAUGAGAAACAGAACUGCAUUCGUGUUGAUAAUGUUGACCCUAAAAUUUCGAAAUUCGAGUUACUACAGUACUUCAAAGAUUUUGGAACUAUUAUUGAUAUUACAUUGGAGACUAACGAUGGUUCAGUGAUACUCACAGACAAAGAGUACCAAAAAUUGAACUGUGUUUGUUGUUAUGUUCGCUUUACCCACAGAAACGAAGCAAAGGUUGCUAAAGAGAUGAAUGGAUUUAUAUUUAAGGAUAGAAAACUACGAGUCGAACUUGCUUAUCAGAAGCAUUGUGAUCCAAAUAAAAUUAGUAACAACGCACUUCGCAUGUUUUUCCAAUCUGUUGGAGAUGUAAUUGCUUUGGACCAAAUUCCGCAACAGCACAUGGGUUAUGUAUGCUACAAAAACCCUCUUCCCAUGGAAAUCAUAAAACGGCUCAGUCAGCGUAUAUACCGAAAUAAGAAAAUUCAUUUAGAAAAACUCGACACAGGAAAUAUUGUGAAGGGGCAAAAGUUGAUUAAGGCCAGUAAUGAACCUGGAAACGGUGAUAUUGCUACCAGUAGCGCUGCGGACACUAUAGUUCUGACUUCAUUAGCAAAAAACAGCGGGGCGGUAUCUAAAAAAGCAAAACUGAAGACUGUUCAGAAAAAAUCUGGUUCUAGCGAAUUUAUGGGAGCCACGGGUAUGACGAAAAAAAAGUUACCCCGAAAGAACGCAGCCAUUGGGACGAAAGUAAAACCUAUUGAAAAAGCUCUCAAAUUGCCAAAAGAGGAAUUAUGUUGAUUCAAUUGAUCUAUUUUUGUAUACAUAUGUAAUAUGACGAACGUGGUGUCAAUAAUAAUAAAACUUGAUACUACUGGAGAUAAUUACUAAA